AUGGCACGUAAAAUUUGUUGGGAAAUCCGAUUGAGAAUAGCUGCAGAAACUGCUGAGGCUCUCCCAUAUUUACACUCUGCAGCCUCACCUCCGAUCAUCCAUAGGAACAUAAAGACUGUGAACAUACUCUUGGAUCAAAAUUACACAGCCAAAAUUUCUGAUUUUGGUGCAUCAAGGUUAGGUCCGCUUGACCAAAAUCAACUAUCUACAAUGGCGCAAGGAACUCGCGGCUAUCUUGACCCUGAAGUUUUCCAAACAUUUCAGCUGACAGAGAAAGGUGAUGUUUAUCACUUUGGAGUUGUUCUUGUUCAGCUAUUGGCGGGCAAGUUGCCCAUAUGCUUUGAUAGGUCGGAGGGUGAGAUAAGUCUAAGCAAUCAUUUUCUUUCUUCGAUAAAGCAAAAUCGAUUGAUUGAGAUUCUCGAAGAGUUCAUGGUGUCUGAAGAGAAUAUUGAGCAGUUGAUGCAAGUUGCUAGGCUAGCAGAGCGAUGUUGGAAUGUAAAAGGAGAGGACAGGCCUUCCAUGAAAGAAGUGGCAAUGCAAUUGAUGAGGUUGGCAUUUGCAUCAAUGAAUAAUAUGGUUCCAAGUGCUGAAGAUUACAAAGAACCACCAGACAAACCUCUAAUCAAGCCUUCACUGCACUUCUGGGACGGAAUUGUAUCAGUUUCCUAG